AUGAGAGCAACACACACACACACACGCUUCAAGUCAAAAACACUCCUCCUCAACAGCACCCAUCACGUACUCGUCAGAUCGUGGAGAAAGGUUGUGCCCGCGGCCCUGGAGGUCCUACCGCAGAAGGUGCAAAGUCUGCUGCAGCGUCUUGGACCCUUAGAAGGCCCACCGGUCAUCUCACAAGGCCAAAAUGGUUUACAGGCGCUGGCUCGGUUCCAAAAUGCUAGCGAUGCAAGGGCUGCCGUCCAGACCCUACAUGGGUUUGACAUGCGCUCGGCAUCUGAGAAGCAGACGGCCAACCAUGAGGCUCCAAAGGAGAGUGAGUGCUUCAGUCUGCGAAUAGCAGACGAUUCAGGCGUUGGCACGCCUAAGCUGGCUCGGAAACGAAGGGUAAAGGCAAACGGCAUCUUUUUAUGGCCUCUGCCGGAUAGCUGGGCCGAGAAGGAUGUCGAACUUCUCGCCUCGCCUUAUGGUACUGUGCAGAGAACAAGAGUGGAAGGCAUGGCGAGUGGCCAGAGAGGUGUGCUGAUUGAUUUUGACACAUCGAGUGCGGCGUCGUCAGCUUUAACUGCUCUCAAUGGGCUCUCGCUCAUGGGGGCCCGGCUGCGCUGUGUGAUGCAGGAAGAGCCCGAGCCGAAAAAACCAUUCGUCUCGUUUCAGCUCUACAUGGAUGAACUGGCGAUGCCUUCCUUGCCACGAGAGGUGCAGCCCAAGCUUGAUGAUCGGGAGAUCUUUGUCACCCAUCUGCCGCCGAAGGCAAGCACUGAGGACGGUGUGAGAUUUCUUCUCGGGAACUUUGGUGACAUUAGUGAGGUGCUCUUGCUCCGUGAUGCACAGCAGAGACCCAGUGGCAAGGCCUACGUGCGCUUCAAGAGCCACUCGGAGGCGCGCAAAGCGUUGGAGGCAAUACGAAUCUCUGGUGACGACGGAGUCUCAAAGGCGUCGUGGUCCGAGUCCGAGCGGGCUCUCAGAGGCACCCGUGGUGCCUACGGCCUCAAUGUGCUCCGGCACCUGCAGGGGGCACAAGGAAGCAGAUUACAGGAGAUCGGCCAGGCGGCCGGCGCAGGCUCCUUGCACCUGGAACUUCUCGAUCCAGUCCCCGGCAUGCCAGGAACCCAGCACGUGAUCUUCACUGCGCGAUGUGCAGAGUCAUCACAGGCCGAAGAGUGCUGGAGGCUUUUAGCUCAAGCCCUGGCCCGCGUGCACGAGACGCAUGCAUCAGAGGUCAGAGGCAGCCUCGUCUUGCGUGGGUUUCCAGCAUCUUGGUCGGAGAAGGGCCUCAAAUUUGUGUUUGCUCCAUUUGGCGGCCUCUCGUCUGUCUUCAUCGAGGAUGAGGAAAAGGAUGCUCUUCCAGCCAGCGUGUCGGGCGAGGUGCGUUCCUCCGGGCGGCUUGCGUAUGUGAAGCUACGGAACAAUCAAGCCAUGGACAAGGCUGUGACAAAUUUGCACCAGACGAAGGUUGGUGAUGGUGAUCUCGUUGAGGAGUGCAUUGUGGCUUGCCAUCGAUGGCACAGCAAUUCCUGGUCGGAUGGGAGCUUCCAGGUCAGCAUUUUUGUUGACCAGUUGGCUUUGAGCCGAAGACCGUCAGAGGUGGCGCCCGGACCUGAAGACCGCGAGCUGUAUGUUCGGAACUUGCCACUGCAUGACAUGACGCGUCAGCAGCUGCAGGAGUAUUUCGAGGGCUUCGGAGAAGUUGAUGAUUUGCACCUUAUCUUGGAUGCCUUCGCCAUCGAGCCCACCAAUGAAGGGUACGUACGGUUCAAGCAUCAUCGCGACGCGCUGCGGUGCAUAGAAGCGCUGACGCCUGCGGACCCUGACGAGGCAGACCCCACCGAUUUGGCCGGCACGUGGUCUGAGUCGGAGCGAAUCUUGCAGCGCAAGAACAACUGCUACAGGUUCAACUUGGUGUCAGAGUUGGUCGGAGCUGAUGGGUCUGGGCUGGAGAAGAUGAAGGCCGAAGCCAAACUCAAGGGACUCUGGAUACUGGGUGACAGCCUUCAACUCAAGGACCGCACGGCUCCGCGAGCCUCGGGCAGGCCCGAGUUACAUCUGCAGUCCACACUGGCCUAG